GGCUAUAUAUUUGGAAACUUGCAAUGGAGUGGAGAAUAUUGGCUAUAUCCAAGUGGAUAUUUGAGUGGAUAGCGUAUUUGGGAGCAUAAAAACGACCCACAAUCAACUUUUUAUUUUUUUAAUCGAAAGGCGUAGCCGCGUGACACGUUAUUUUUCAACCGUGGAGCUGUGGGAUAGAAUGGCCAUAGGUGGCGGGGACGGCCCGGGGAAGACGACACAGUACCGGGUGGACCACCUCCUCACCGCCGUGGAGAACGAGCUACAGGCCGGAAGCGAGAAGGGCGAUCCCACCGAGAGACAACUCAAAGUCGACUUGGAUGAGAAUGAACUGUGGCAGAAGUUCAAGGAACUCACGAAUGAAAUGAUAGUAACCAAAAAUGGCAGGCGCAUGUUCCCGGUGCUGAAAGUGGAUGUUUCUGGGCUGGAUCCGAACGCCAUGUACUCGUUCCUUCUGGACUUCGUGGCUGUGGACAACCACCGGUGGAAAUACGUUAACGGGGAGUGGGUUCCCGGGGGCAAGCCUGAGCCUCAAGUCCCGAGCUGCGUUUACAUCCACCCGGACUCGCCAAACUUCGGAGCGCACUGGAUGAAAGAUCCGGUCUCAUUCAGUAAAGUCAAACUCACCAACAAACUUAAUGGAGGAGGCCAGAUCAUGUUGAACUCAUUGCACAAAUAUGAGCCACGUAUCCAUAUCGUGCGCGUCGGAAGGCCUCAGAGAAUGAUCACGAGCCACUCCUUCCCCGAGACGCAGUUCAUAGCCGUCACUGCUUACCAGAACGAAGAGAUAACCGCUCUGAAAAUCAAAUACAACCCGUUUGCCAAGGCCUUUCUGGACGCUAAAGAAAGAACAGACCAUAAAGACAUUAUGGAUGACAGUGACAACCAACAUUCAAGCUACUCUCAAUUGAGUGGCUGGUUCCUCCCAGGCCCUUCUUCUAGCCCUCACACCCAGUUUGGGAGCCCCCUGUCCCUGUCCUCGUCCCAUGGCUGUGACCGUUACUCCGCUCUGAGAAACCAUCGCUCUGCACCGUACAGCAGCCCCUACACCAGUCGGACCACCUCCCCUACUGGUUUCUCUGAUAGCUCCUCUGGCUGUCUGUCCAUGCUGCCCUCCCAUGACAACUGGUCCAGUCUGCAGAUGCCCUCACACUCCAUGAUGUUGCCCGUGACCCACUGUAGCUCCGCUGGGAUGAACUCCAGCCAGUACGCCAGCCUGUGGUCCGUCAGUAACACGUCCCUGAACCCUGUCACCCAGUCUGGGGAGAUGUCCAACAGCCUAGGCUCCCAGUUCCUCCGAGGCCCCAGCAGUAGCCACUAUCCUGGGCUGUCCCACUCUGUCACAGGACCACCUGGUGGAUCUCCGCUGAAUGACGGCAACACGACCACAGAGGGGUUUGAUAGUAAGACACUAUCGCAGUAUGAUACGUCACUGCACAGUCACGCACGACUGACAGCCUGUUACACCUCCUUCCCUGUAGGGGGAGAGAGAGAGAGACGGAUGGAUGGACAGACAGACAGCGUAGUACAAUCAAUGUAAAAAGGUUUUGGCCAUGUUCUCUGAAAAAAACGUGUUGCAUAGCAACAUGGAUUGUGAUCUGUGAGCAAACCAAAGGUUUAUUGAGCUUGUAUCUUUGCUUUUUAUUUUCCAUGUGAUAAAUGUCUUCAGAUUUAUACAUUAAAAGAAGUACACUGAUCUGUGUUUGCUAAUUGUGUGGCUAACGUGUUGGUCAUAGUGUAAAUAUUAAUAUGAUUAUAUUAUCACCUCAGAAUGGAGGUAUACCAUGUAAAUAGAUAGCAUAAUGUUGCUGUUUGUAGAUGAAUUUUACUGAGAUAUUGUUGUAAAUGGUACUGUACUUGUGAAUUGGUUCAUUUAAUUAAUUGUUUUACUGUAGGCCGGGUGCUGCAGACUGUUCUAGUGCCCUCGCCAAUUUGUUGAU